AUGGAAAUAGACGAAAGAAAUGUAUUAACGUUAAGUAGUUAUUUAAAACAUACACUCAGUCCGGACGUUAAUAUUCGUCGUCCUGCUGAGAAAUUUUUAGAAUCUAUUGAAACCAAUCAAAAUUAUCCAGCACUUCUAUUACAUUUAAUUGGCAAACAAGAUUAUGAUUCGACUAUUCGUGUUGCUGGAGCUGUUGCUUUUAAAAAUUACAUCAAACGUAAUUGGAAAGUUGAAGAAGACUUACCAGAUCGCAUUCACGCAGUAGAUCGUGAUACAAUUAAAAACUUAAUUGUCAAUUUGAUGUUGCAUUCACCUGACUCAAUCCAAAGGCAAUUAUCCGAUGCUGUAUCGAUAAUCGGGCGCCAUGAUUUUCCGGACAAGUGGCCUGAUUUAAUUGAUCAGAUGGUAGAAAAAUUUAACACAGGAGAUUUUCAUAUCAUAAAUGGAGUGCUUCAUACUGCACAUUCACUGUUCAAACGUUACCGCUAUGAAUUCAAGAGCCAGAGCUUGUGGACAGAAAUAAAAUUCGUACUGGAUAAAUUUGCAAAGCCUCUUACAGAUUUAUUUCUUGCAACCAUGAAUUUAACAGAAAUUCACGCAAACAACACUGAAGCUCUUAAAGUAAUUUACAAUUCAUUGACGAUAUUGUCAAAAGUAUUUUACUCAUUGAAUUUCCAAGAUUUGCCAGAAUUUUUUGAAGACAAUAUGGAUACGUGGAUGAGUAAUUUUCAUCGUUUAUUAACAGUUAAUGUACCAGCCUUACAGACUGAUGACGAUGAAGAACCUGGUGUUAUUGAGCAAUUAAAGUCACAAGUUUGUGAUAAUAUUGUUUUGUAUGCACAAAAAUACGAUGAAGAGUUUCAAAAAUACGUACCACAGUUUUUGGAGGCAAUUUGGAAAUUAUUGUAUGAAACUGGACAGCAAGCUAAAAAUGAUACGCUAGUAUCUAAUUCAUUGCAAUUCCUGGUGACCGUCGCCGAUCGCGCUCACUACCGUGAGCUCUUUGAAAAUCCAGAAACCUUACGGAACAUAUGUACGAAUUUGAUAACACCUAAUAUUGAAUUCCGUGAGUCGGACAGUGAACUAUUUGAAGACAAUCCGGAGGAGUACAUCCGCAGGGACGUUGAAGGUAGUGACGUGGACACACGUCGUCGUGCUGCCUGUGAUUUAGUAAAAGUACUUGCCAAAUAUUACGGCGCUAAAGUAAUGGACAUUUUCGGUGUCUAUGUGAUGCAACGAUUGGAAGAAUAUGCUGCAAAACCUUCAGAAAAUUGGAGCAAAAAAGACGCCGUUAUUUACUUGGUCACUAGUUCUGCGAGUAAAGGACAAACGCAAAAACAUGGAGUUACUCAGAGUAAUGAAUUCGUGCCUAUUCCACAUUUUGCUACCCAGCAUAUUUUAACGGAAUUAGCCAAACCUAAUGUUAAUGAAUUACCAGUUAUCAAAGCAAGUUCUAUUAAGUUUAUCAUGACAUUCCGAUCAAUUUUACCUCGUGAAAUUGUUGUAAGCUGUCUUCCGGACAUUAUUAGACAUUUAGGAGCAACAAGUAUCGUUGUGCAUACAUAUGCAGCGUGCGCUAUUGAUAAAAUUCUAUCACUAAAAAAUCCAGAUCAUUCACCUUUAGUUAAAGUCGAAGAAGUAUUACCUCUAGCAUCGAAUUUAUUGAAUGGAUUAUUCAACAUUUUAUCAAUGCCUAAUUCAGAUGAAAAUGAAUAUGCGAUGAAAGCAAUUAUGCGUAGUUUUGGUGUUUUGAAAGACCAUAUACUGCCUUACCUCGGGGAAUUACUACCAAAAUUAACUGAAAAACUGACAGUUGUUGCGGGUAAUCCCAGUCGUCCUAAUUUCAAUCACUUCUUAUUCGAAACUCUCAGCUUAUCAAUAAGAAUUGUUUGUAAAUCAAAUAUGGGUGCCAUUGAAUCAUUCGAAGCUGUACUAUUUCCAAUCUUCCAAGGAAUACUUACUCAAGAUAUCCAAGAAUUUAUUCCAUACGUUUUCCAAAUACUUGCAUUGUUACUAGAGUUAAGGACAGGCUCCGAAGUUCCUGAUAGUUACAUGGCAUUAUUCCCUUGCCUUUUAGCGCCGUCUUUGUUCGACCGUCAAGGAAACAUACAUCCAUUAAAUCGUUUAUUGCAGGCGUACGUUAAUUUAGGAGCACAUCAAAUAAUUGCGCAAGAUAAAACUAGCGGAUUGUUGGGAGUUUUCCAGAAAUUGAUUGCAUCCAAAGCCAAUGACCACGAAGGCUUUUUGUUGAUGCAAGCAAUCAUACAACAUUUUCCACCUGAAGUACUCCAACCGUACAUAAAGCAAGUAUUCGUUUUACUAUUUCAAAGAUUAUCGUCUAGUAAAACAACAAAGUUCGUGAAAAAUUUAAUAGUGUUUUUCGCAUACUAUAUAAUCAAAUACGGACCAACGAACUUCAUCCAACUGAUCGACGAAAUUCAGCCCCAGAUGUUUGGAAUGAUCGUCGAACGUCUAAUUAUAGUGGACUUGCAAAAAGUGUCAGGUGAUAUUGACCGUAAAAUUGCGGCUGUCGGUAUCUCAAAUAUCCUGACAGAUUGUCCAGCGAUGAUCGAAAGCUCGUACAAUCUAUACUAUCCAAAGUUGCUAGCAAGUUUGAUUGAAUUUUUUGAACUACCUCAAGACAAUACUGUCAACGGAGACGAUUUUCUACCGGAAGUUGGUAAUGAUCAAGGUUAUCAGGCAGCUUACAGCCAAUUGAUUUGUGCCAAAAAUCCGAAGAAAGAUCCUUUGGAAGCGAUUCCCGAUGUACGAUUACAUUUAGUUCAAGGACUCAGUAAAUUACAACCAGGACAACUGAGUGGCUUAUUACAGCAACUUCCAGCGCCCAAUGCUAUGCAUCUAAAAAAUUAUCUUCAAUCCGCUGGCAUCAAUCUUUGA